AUGAUAUUGUUGGAGAGUCAAAUGGAUCCAUGGCCAACAAAUUCCUAACAUCUAUGAUCCAUGGGCCAAUAAAAUGGUAUUGUUGGAAGUGCUCUAAUUAAUGCGCAAAAGAAAUUAGCUGGACUCGGAUCCCAUGAUGACAGAAAGCGACAGCCUCGGACGCACAAAGAUCCUGCUGACAUCGCUUUCGGCCACGAUCGCUGAGACCGCCACCUUCCCUAUAGACUUGACGAAGACGAGGCUCCAGCUCCACGGCGAGUCACUCUCUUCGACGCGCCCCACCAAUGCUGUCCGAGUUGUCUCGGAAAUUCUCCGACAACAGGGUCCUAUUGGCCUCUACAAGGGCCUCUCUCCUGCAAUUCUCAGACACCUCUUCUACACUCCCAUCAGAAUCAUUGCCUACGAGAAUCUGAGAAAUUUGGUUGUUGCAGAUGGCGUUGGUUCUCCAUCUCUCCCUACCAAAGCUCUCAUCGGAGGAAUAUCAGGUGUCAUUGCUCAGGUAGUGGCGAGCCCUGCUGAUCUAGUUAAGGUGCGGAUGCAAGCAGAUGGCCGUAUGAUGAACCAAGGUCUGCAACCCAGGUAUUCUGGAAUACUAGAUGCUUUAAACAAGAUUGUUUGCGCAGAAGGCUUUGGGGGGCUAUGGAAAGGAGUUAUCCCAAAUGUCCAGAGAGCAUUUUUGGUGAACAUGGGAGAAUUAGCUUGCUACGACCAUGCGAAACAAAUUGUUAUCCAAAAUCGAAUUGCUGAUGAUAACAUCUUUGCCCAUACAUUAGCCUCCACCAUGUCUGGUCUUUCAGCUACCUCAUUGAGUUGUCCAGCUGAUGUGGUUAAGACAAGAAUGAUGAAUCAGGCAACAAAAGAGAGGAGUGAGAUUAUGUAUAAGAAUUCUUAUGACUGCUUGGUGAAGACCGUUAAAAUAGAAGGAUUAGGAGCGCUAUGGAAGGGGUUUUUUCCUACAUGGGCAAGGCUUGGUCCCUGGCAGUUUGUAUUCUGGGUCUCCUAUGAGAAGUUUCGGCAAGUUGCAGGGCUCUCUUCCUUCUGAUGAAAUUCUCACCGACCACAGAAUUGAAAUUCUCAUGGACCAAAAAAUCAAAACCAUCUGAAGUUGUUCCUCGGUGAAGGCCACUGCAAUUUUUUUCAGUGAAUGCGAUUAUAUUCGGUUAUGCCGUUUUUCUUAAUAAAUGAAAGUAUUUUUCAAUAGGAGCUUCUAUCUCCUGUGAAAAAUUAUCAUCAUGGAUCUGUCCAUGUUAAUAUCUCUUCCAUUCUCCCUGGGUAUUCUGCUUCAAAUCUGGUAAGCCUCUCAAUUGCAAGUGUUACUCUUUCAUUUGCUAAUAUAUUUUUCUAUUUUCUUGUGUGGAUA